AUGGCAUCCCUCAGACGAAUUGCACUGCCGCUGGUCCUGCUCGCCGUGGCUGCAUGCCCUCAUCCUCAUGACGUCGAAGCAAGAGCUGGCGUGGCCGUGUCCAACUCACAGAGCUCGUUGACGUUCGUGUACCAAAACAAUCUGAACGCUUCCGACGAUGUCAAUCAUAUCGGAGCUAUCUUGCUCGACCCUACGACUGCGAGCUCGGCAUCAGCAGCCUGUGGUGCUUUGAACGAAGCCUUGUUGACACAAGCGUCUAUCCAAAACUAUAGCUCCGACUUUGUCUCUGCGUUGUCGUAUCUGGCUUUCGCGGGGAGAGUCGCGCCAAAUCAAGCUUACCAUAUAGCAGGAAAGAACUUGCAAGUUUCUCAAAAUUCGCAACUGUCGUUCCAGCCUACAGCGCAGGGCGAUUCCGUCCUACCCGUGUUGUGUACACAAAGUAGUGGGGCCAGCGAACCACCUAACUCGACUGCGAGCAGACCCAACGAGAUCAGCAUUGCGGCAGCUGGAAACACUUACAUUGGAUACCGAAACCAGAAAUCGUUUCGGUUCCUGGGUAUCAGAUACGCUAAUCCACCCCAACGAUUCCAGCACUCACAGAGGUAUACGGUAACAGGAAAGGUUGUAAAUGCUACUGCUUAUGGGUCCCAAUGCCUUCAAUUGGGCGGAGGGAGUGAAGACUGUCUCUUCUUGAACAUACAGACUCCAUACCUUCCCAAGGCUGGCUCGACUAAAGGUCUACGUCCCGUCCUAUUUUGGAUUCACGGAGGCGGCUUUACUGGAGGCACUGGUGCAGACCCCCUGAGUGACGGUGGCAACCUUGCAUCUAGAGAGGAUAUCGUUGUCGUCACUUUCAAUUAUCGACUCAGUACCCUAGGCUUUCUUGCCAUUCCAGACACAGACAUCAAAGGCAACUUUGGUAUAGGCGACCAGAUUGUGGCGCUCGAGUGGACGGUUCAGAACAUUGCCAAAUUCGGAGGCGAUCCCAAGCAAAUCACAAUCAUAGGCGAGUCUGCCGGUGCUGGCUCUGUUCGAACACUCCUUGGGAGUCCACUCGCCAUCGGUAUGUUUCAAGGAGCAGUUGCCAUGUCCAACCUGGGCGGUGGGGUUGAUCUCGGCCUGGAGGGGAACUAUGGCACCACAUACUCGUCUUACUACACGGUCAAUGAGUCCUAUACGGUUGCAGGCCCCCAGAUCUUCAAUGGGUCCAACUGUACCCAACCGUCAUUGGAAGGCAAAAUCGCAUGCCUCAAGCAGGUUAAUGCCACCGACAUUGUCUCUCUGGACACCGUCGCUCGGUACGUCGUCCAGGAUGGAACGAUUGUCAACACCCCCGAACUUGACGUUGUCAAUCGCAAUGGCAGCGCGGCGAAUGUGCCCAUUAUAUUUGGCAUCGCAGCAAAUGACGGCGCAUCGUUCUCGAACUUGUCGCCCACACCAAUCACGAACGAGACUGCAGGUUUAAUGUAUGGGCUCGGUAUCAACGAAUUGUAUGCCCGAGCGAUCAUCAAGUCUGGCCUGUUCCCGUACUAUGACACUGGCAAUGUGACCUUUGACUCGUUCAAUGUCACACAGCGGGUGGCGACAGACAACACGUUCCGCUGUAUCGACCAAGCCACCGUCUGGGCUGGAGCGAAGACUGGCGCGUUUCCUGCCGCAUACUACUACCAAUUCGAGCGGACGAUCAAUGGAUAUAAUCCCGAAAACGUGUCGGGUGCGCCAGCUACUCCUGGCUAUCCCAACGGGAACCCAAACUUGCCUUAUUUCAAGCUCCACGGGGCAGACAUGGCCUGGCUAUUUGGCAACUUCUACGACCCUUUGCGAGACGCAAACGAUCUCUACUCUGUCCAACUCGUUAGUGGAUACUUUGCUGAGUUCGUCAAGAGUGGGCAGCCGAACCCCCCAGUUGAUUACCUCAGGGCGAGGGCCUACACGAAGGCUUUGCAAGGCGUCCAGCAGUCGGGACCGUGGAAGAAGGUCAGCAGUGCCGCAGGCCCAAUCAAGCAUUUCAACUAUCCGUCAUACGAUGGGACCUUUGUGGAUUUGCCACAAUGUGCUUGGUUGAACUAUAGCAUCAGCUAUUACCUCGACCAGUGA